AUGGAGCACGCUUCCCUGGAAGGUGCAACUAUCGAUCCUGAGACGAAAGUGUUUGGUGGGGAUGAUGCACCAGAAGGAGCGUUCCCUCAUCAGGUAUCAUUGAGAAAGACCACAUGGAGGGAGUACCACUUCUGCGGCGGAUCUAUCGUCAGAAAAUCAUGGGUGUUGACCGCUGCGCAUUGCACAAUCAAUGUUCAUCCUGAUAAUAUAACAGUUGUUGCCGGGACAAAUUCAUUGGAUUCCGAUGAUGGUAUGAGGUAUAAUUUGGAUGAAAUUAUAAAUCAUGAAAAUUAUAAUCAAACAACAUUGGAAAACGAUAUCGCGCUUCUUAGAAUAGUUGGUGAAUUUGAUUAUUCUUCCGAUAUCGCUCCCAUCGCCUUGGCGGAGCAGCCUUACACCUGCUGGUAUGGAUAUUAUGAUCAAGUACCUGAUCAACUUCAAGUGCUAUACCUGAAAACAGUAUCGGUAGAACAGUGCCGAGAGGACUUGUCAACGAAUGGCAAGCCAAACGAUCUUCCUGUAACAGAUACUAACGUUUGCGCUUCUAAGGAAAGAGGCGCAGGUUCAUGUAAAGGUGAUUCUGGUGGUCCACUAGCAGUUAACAAGACGCUUAUUGGUGUUGUAUCUUGGGGUAGGAAUAUCUGUGGUCAGGGGGUCCCUGAAGUAUAUGCAAGCGUCUACGAGUUCCGUAAUUGGAUCUUAGAAAACCUCGAUUCGGAUGAAUAA